AAAAAGAAAGAACCGUCAAAACAUAAACAGAGCCGUCAACCUUGCAGUUAGCUUGCUUUAUAGUCUGUCUUUUGCAAACACCUUUAUGCACGCUUUCCUAAUGUCGUGUAUUUACGGCCAGAGGAUCCCUUGUCACGGCACUUAGCUCAAUUGCUAAGCAGUGAGUUGGAGAGCAUAAAUCUGCAAUAAAGAUUAGGACUAAACUGAGAAGUACGCCUCGUCGGGCCUUCGAGUAGAGGUUCCCCCUCGGGGCGACGCAGGACAAAGAGACAGAAUGGCUGAACCUGAAGUCAAAUCUACUGCGCUGAAAGGUGGCUCUGAAGAAAAAGAUCCAGGAGAAGAUCAACACAAGGAGGAAGGUGCCUCUGGAAGUAAAGAGGGACAAACACAGUCUUCAUCUCAAGAUGAUCCCAAAGAAACAGGAGAGGCUUCAGGGGACAAGCCUAUGCCAGAUGUGGAAGGAGGGAUGAGGGCAAACAGAGAGGGAGAGGAGGAGGAGGAAGACACAGACAGCAUGGAUGGAAGCGGUCUUUACUCCCUAACUGAGGAUGGUGACAGAGAGAGCGAGGGAGGCAGACGGGAGAGAGUUAGGGAUAAAGAUCGCGAGAAAAGAGCAGCCAGAAAGAGGAAUAGACCUGGCGGCGGCACCAACCACUCCUCCAGCUCAGAUGAUGAUGACGAUGACGAUGACGACGAAGAAGAAGAAGAACAGAAAGAUGAUGAUGACGACGACGACGAAGAUGAUAACGAGGCUAUGGAGGCGUGGCUGGGAGCAGAGGUCCGUGACAUGCGUGGCCCUAUAUGGAGGUCGAUACCCUCGCUGCGCUCCAGGGAGAUCGGCAGGGACACACACCAGUUUGUGAGGCGUGUGUGUGGAGCCCGGGGUCUGGUGCAGAGGCUGGAGCUGCAGGGCCGGCUGGAGAGGCACACGGGCUGCGUCAACACGCUGCACUUCAACCCCUCGGGCACACGCCUGGCUUCAGGCAGCGAUGACCUGCGGGUGGUCAUCUGGGAUUGGGCGAUCCGCCGUGCUGAGCUGGAGUUUGACAGUGGCCACAAGAGCAAUGUCUUUCAGGCAAAGUUCCUGCCUCACAGUGGGGACUCCACCUUGGCCAUGUGUGCUCGAGAUGGGCAGAUCAGAGUGGCGGAGCUCUCUGCCACACAGCGCUGCAAGAACACCAAGCGGGUAGCUCAGCAUAAAGGGGCGGCACACAAGCUGGCCCUGGAGCCAGACUCCCCCUGCUCCUUUCUGUCUGCGGGGGAGGACGCUGUGGUGUUUGGUAUUGACCUGCGCCUUGACCGUCCCGCCAAUAAACUGGUGACCGUAAAGGAGGGGGAUAAAAAAGUGGGCUUGUACACCAUCUAUGUCAACCCAGCGAAGACACAACACUUUGCUGUGGGAGGAAGGGAUCAGUAUGUGAGGAUCUAUGACCAGAGGAAGAUCAAUGAGAACGAUAACAAUGGUGUACUGAAAAAGUUUUGUCCCUCACAUCUGGUAUCCAGUGAGUCCAAAACCAACAUCACCUGCCUUGUGUACAGCCACGAUGGCACAGAGCUCCUGAUCAGUUACAAUGAUGAGGACAUCUACCUGUUUGACUCCAACCACAGUGACGGGGCAGACUAUCGCAGGAGAUACAAGGGACACCGCAAUAAUGCUACAGUGAAGGGGGUGAACUUCUAUGGGCCGUGCAGUGAGUUUGUGGUCAGUGGCAGUGACUGCGGACACAUCUACCUGUGGGACAAGAACUCUGCUCACAUUGUCCAGUUUAUGGAGGGAGACAGGGGAGGAGUGGUGAACUGUUUGGAGCCACACCCCCAUCUGCCAGGCAUGGCCACCAGCGGACUGGACCACGACGUCAAACUGUGGGCCCCCACAGCUGAAUGCCCCACUGGACUCAAGGGUCUGAAAGAGGUGAUGAAGAAGAACAAGCGGGAGCGUGAUGAAGACAGUGUUCGUCAUGGCGACCAGUACGACACCCAGCUGCUGUGGUUCCUGAUGAGACACAUGAGGAACAGAAGGCCUCCCAGGGCCCGCCGUGAGGGUGCUGACGCAGACACAGACGAGUCGUGGAGCUCUCCAGAUUCCUCCGAUGAAGAGGAGGGAGGUCCAGACAACGUCCAGUGCAUGUCCUCCUGAGCUACACAUACUUAGACCCACACACAUACAUACAUACAUACACACUGUAUUGCCCUUGAAUUGAUGCACAUAGGCAAGCACUAUUGACACACUGGCACACUCAAACACAGACGAGCCACAGACUUUGUUUUUCCUCAUACACAUACAGUCUCACAGAGAUAAAAAACACCCAUUUACUUAAACAUACUUUUGAAGAAGAGAUGCUUAACGCCUGGUUUCCCAGCAGUUGUGUGUGUGCAAAUGACAACUAAAGACUAUAUACACACUUCCAGAAUCCUGAUUUUUGGGAAUUGUACAAAGAGGUUUAGUGAGUGCUUACACCCCCUACGAGCCCCUUGGAGGCUCCUGCUUGUCUAUACAUUAUCUCUAAGCUCUGCCUAGCCCCAGAACAUUGUACUGUGCAUGUAUGGCAACAAGCACCUCUUCUUUAGGUACCCUGUAGGAAGCUAUACACCACCAGCAGGCAUCCCUUCUCUCACACACCUUCUCUGGAGCUCUCUGUGCUGAUGGAGGGAGGGUCAGCAGGGGGUAGAAUGGUACCCUCAAACCAUCCCCUUAAAUGUGACUCCCUUUUCAGAUUUGAACACAGGAGGGAACCCCCAGUGUACUCUGCAUCGCCCCAGUCUCAUAUUGAUUUCUGGCCCUGAGCUUGUGCAGCUAGUUUCAUUUUUCACACAAUAACCCCCCCCCCCUGGAGGACUACUACAUCCCUACAUGCUGCAUCACCAGACAUGCUACUUCCUCCCCCUCCUCUCUGCAUCACCCCCUCCCCUUCACUACUGAGUGCACUUUGAAUCAGGGAAGCUUUUAGUUUGAGACAAAGACUAAAUGUGCACCGAGUGUGAUUUUUGGGGGGGGGGAAGAGCUUUUGUCUUGUAUCCUUCAUUGGAGACCCCACAGUGAAGUUUAGUUAAUUUCUAUUGAUUAUUUGAGUGGGGAGAUAUUUUGCACUUAAGAGUUUUUUGACUGAAGAUUGCUUCCACCAAUCUUCCCUCCUCCUCCUCCUACUCCUUCCUUUCUUCCUCCCUCGCUCUCCAUCUUUGAAAGGAAAGAUGAAAUGUUGAGGCAAAUCGCAUAGGAUGAUGAGGGGAUCUGACAUUUAAAAAAAAGAAAGCAAGAUUCAACCUGGAUUGAAUCCCAAUUAAAAAAACAGCCAAUGUGAUAAUUCAGAUUGGAGUUAUAACCACGUGGUUCCCCAAAAUCCAUCUGUGACGCUAAAAGUAAAAAAUAAUUGUCUCAACGACAUAUUAGACAAACAUUUGAUCUAAGUGGUGCGUUAGAAGCUAGCACACCACUUGUUAGGAAAGAGGAGAGGGGAGGGAGGGGGGGGGUCAAUGUUCUUGCCAGUCAUUUGUUGUGUGAGAGCGAUAAAGUCCAGCUUUUCUCAUUUUCUAUGAGAACUCAUAGUUGAAUUUAUAUGUACAUAUAUAAAUAUAUAUUAAAACUGUAAAACGUACGCAAAUGCUGUUUGACUCCAAAAAAAAUAAAAAAAGAUGUCAAAUCAGUUGAUUGGUAUUGAUGCAGAGGUUUAUAUUCUAUAUGAGGACAAAGUACUUUUAAAAUCAAGAGAAAAAGACAUGAGGCACCAUUUCUGUUCUAUUUUUCUUUUUAUGAAUGGCAUCCCUCUGUUAUGAACAGAUCAGCUGUCAUUUCAAGUAUUACAGAUUCUAUUUCUUGUUCAAGGAAAAGGCUAAAAAUAGUAUUUCCUUUCUAGAUCUUAAUCCAUCAUUUGAGAAAGUUCUAUCCAGAUUUUCCCACUGGCUAUUUUUGGCAUCUUGUAUACAUAAGGCGUUCGAUGAACAAUUUUGUUGUCCACCACUGCCUAAUAUUGCGUUCUACCAGUUAAGUUGGAAGUAUGUUCGAUUCGUGCAAUAAACAAAAAGACAGUGCUCUUGAUGUUGUUGUCA